AGGUGCUUGUCCCGCCCCCGCGGGGGGUCGCGGAGGCCGGGAAGGGCUCGCAGGGGUCUGCGCGCGACCGGCGAGGGCGCGGGCGGUGAGGGGGCGCUGCCUUGUGCCUGCAGGCGACCCUGCUCAGGGAAAGUCGGCCGCGGGGACGUGCUCCUGGACACCGCCGCCUCACAAUGAACGACCUGGACACGGAGGUGCUGCCCUUGCCGCCAAGGUACCGAUUCCGUGACCUGCUUUUAGGAGACCAGCCAUUCCCGAACGACGAUAGGGUCCAGGUGGAGUUCUAUGUCAAUGAGAACACCUUCAAAGAGCGGCUCAAGCUGUUCUUCAUCAAAAACCAAAGAUCCAGCCUGAGGAUCCGGCUGUUCAACUUCUCCCUCAAGCUCCUCACCUGCCUGCUGUAUAUCGUCCGUGUCCUGCUUGACAACCCAGACCAGGGCAUCGGAUGGUGGGUGACCUGUGGGGCUGGGGUCGGGGUCCCGAGGCUGAGCCUUUCCAUUGCGUUCCACUGGCAUUACAGGCAACUGUUUGGGGGACUUGUGACCAACACCUCACCAGACUCCCUAGAAGUCCUGUCACCAGAGCCUUGUGGAUCUUUCCUUCUCCUAGUGUGACCCUGUCCCAAAGUCAUGCCUAGGGUCACUUAGUCAUACCCAGCAUGGUAACGGGGUUGGUGUAGGGUAGAUCUGUGCACACAGCCACAGUGUGUUUCCUCGAGGAAGAGGUGUAUGCUAGCAAGUGUCUGUAUAGGCCCCCAGCUGAUGAGGCUGGCAGUUCUUCUCCUGAAGUCUUCUUCUCUGUGGUCCUCCCACUGCCCUGCCUUCUGUGAGAUGCUAUGCUAUUAUUUCCCAGCCCAGAUCCAUUCGGGGCGCCAUUGUCUUCCCUGUCUUGAAUUGUGUCCUGUGAGGCUUGGAAGCUGGGUCCUAUAUGCUUGCCUCUCCUGACUCCUACUCUAUUCCUUCUAUUCUCUCCAUUCUGUUCUGAGGUGACACUCCUCCCCAAAUUUGAGUUCUGUAUCCCUCAUCUCCUGGUUUCCUUCAUUCCUCUGAGGAUGCUUUGUCUGGGCCCUUCCCCUUGCUGGUUACUUCCACUGAGUCCUGGUUUUUGGUUUGUUGUUGUUGUUAUUUUGGGUUUUUUUGUUUUGUUUUGUUUUGUUUUAACUCCAAUUUCCAUACCAGCAGAUUUGACAAGUGGGCUCAGAUGCUAAAGGACUCCUUAGUCAGAGCCUGGAGUUUGAGUGCCUGAGCUGCCGAGGUCCCAUAAAUCUCCAGGCAGGAGGCCAGAUCCUGGAGCCUGUGUGCAGAGUUUCACUGAAUUCCUUUUUUCAUUUGUUGUCCACUUUCAGGAAAACUAGGGUUCCCAGGCCAAAAACCCCCUCACGUGCUAUUGAGAACAAACCUCUCAUCACUGUCCGGGUCAGAGGAGGGAAGAGUCUCUGUAGAUGUUUGAGGAGAAGCAGAGGUUAUAACUAACUCAGAACACUUUUCUGGGUCUGUUUCACCUUUUCCACGUCCCAAAGGCUCAGGACUUCUGCUUGCACCUCCCUAGAGGAUCCAAGUCCUUCACAGUCACUAGCAGGGAUAGUAGGGGAGGGGUAGGUGAUGGAUACUUAGGUGGUGGGUGGGUGAGUGAGUGACGGAUAAUAUAUAGCUGGAUGAGUAGAUGGUUGGAUGGAUAGAUGCAUGGGUAGUCGGAGAGUUAGGAGUCGGGAUGCCAAGGAGAUAUUGAACAAGAGGAUGUGUUAAUAGAUGGGUACAUGAAUUACAGAUCAGAUGGUGGUGGGUUGGUGGAUGCAUGGACCAUAGAUGUGGUGAAGGAUGGAUAGGUGAGUAUAGAUGUUGGAGAAGAGGAGAGGGGGUCAGUGGAUGGCUCAGAGACUUCUGUGGGUGCUGAGUCUAACAGCCCCAGUAAAGCUUGGGUGAGAAGUAGCUCACUGCAAGAGGAGAGGCUAGGAGCUGCCCCCUUCUGGGUUCUGUGAGCCUGGUGCUGGGUCUGGCCUGGAGCAGAUUGGUCGAGUCCUGCUUCUCAUCAGCUGGUUCCCAAAUGCUCGGAUAUGCUUAUCUUCAAGUGGUUUGGAGGUGAGCAACAUUAAUAGUUCUCCUUAGGAUAGGAGCUAGCUAUCCAGGUUUGUUCGGAAAGCUCCUCCAGAGGGCUUGUGCAUCCACACUGGGACAUCUGUGGUUGUGCGGUGGGUGAGGGGCCUCCUGAGCCUGUCAUCCUCACUCUCUCCAGAGCAGCACCUUCCUGUAGGGCCCAGAGCUCCAGACUGGCUAGAGAGCUUCCCUACUGCAGGCCAGGGAGGUUCCUUAAAUGUUAGAGCACCAGUUUCAGUUGGAGGUGGGCCCUGCGUGAGCAAAUGGGGCCUUUUCACUCACUCUGAGCCCUUGGCGUCAGCCCUGGAAGUCUGUGUCUGGGCCAGUGCUUUUGUCUCUUCACAGCUGGGGCUGCACGAAGUAUAACUACACUUUCAAUGGCUCAUCCUCUGAGUUCCACUGGGCUCCCAUCCUGUGGGUGGAGAGGAAAAUGGCUCUGUGGGUGAUCCAGGUCAUUGUGGCCACAAUAAGCUUCUUAGAGACCAUGCUCAUCAUUUACCUCAGCUACAAAGGCAACAUCUGGGAGCAGAUAUUCCAUGUGUCUUUCGUCUUGGAGAUGAUCAACACACUGCCCUUCAUCAUCACGGUGGGUGAGCCCCAGCCCCAAGCUCUGCUACCCAAGCCCCGCCUGACCUCUCCCCAACACCACAGGUCUUCUGGCCACCUCUGCGGAACCUGUUCAUCCCCGUGUUUCUCAACUGCUGGCUGGCCAAGCAUGCGCUGGAGAACAUGAUUGGUGUCUGUGGGUUCUGAUGGCUGCAUUCUCUGCAGAAUGACUUCCACCGUGCCAUCCUACGCACACAGUCAGCCAUGUUCAACCAGGUGCUCAUCCUGUUCUGCACCCUGCUGUGCCUGGUCUUCACAGGGACCUGUGGGAUCCAGCACCUGGAGCGAGCAGGUGGCAACUUGAACCUGCUGACCUCCUUCUACUUCUGCAUCGUGACUUUCUCAACUGUGGGCUUCGGUGAUGUGACGCCCAAGAUCUGGCCAUCCCAGCUCCUGGUGGUCAUCCUGAUCUGUGUCACCCUUGUGGUGCUCCCACUGCAAUUUGAAGAGCUUGUCUACCUCUGGAUGGAGCGUCAGAAGUCAGGGGGCAACUAUAGCCGCCACCGAGCACGGACGGAGAAGCACGUAGUCCUGUGUGUGAGCUCCCUCAAGAUUGAUCUCCUCAUGGACUUCCUGAAUGAGUUCUAUGCCCAUCCCCGGCUCCAGCAGGACUACUACGUGGUCAUCCUGUGUCCCUCUGAAAUGGACGUCCAGGUGCGCAGGGUGCUGCAGAUUCCCCUGUGGUCCCAGCGGGUCAUCUACCUCCAGGGCUCUGCCCUCAAGGACCAGGAUCUCAUGCGAGCCAAGAUGGACAACGGAGAGGCCUGCUUUAUCCUCAGCAGCAGGAAUGAGGUGGACCGCACAGCUGCGGAUCACCAGACCAUCCUUCGAGCCUGGGCUGUGAAGGACUUUGCCCCCAACUGUCCCCUCUAUGUCCAGAUCCUCAAGCCCGAAAACAAGUUUCACGUCAAAUUUGCUGACCACGUGGUAUGCGAGGAAGAGUGCAAGUACGCCAUGCUGGCCCUGAACUGCAUCUGCCCGGCCACCUCCACCCUCAUCACCCUGCUGGUGCACACGUCCCGUGGCCAGGAAGGACAGGAGUCUCCCGAGCAGUGGCAGCGCACGUACGGGAGGUGCUCGGGCAACGAGGUGUACCACAUUCGCAUGGGUGACAGUAAAUUCUUCCGGGAGUAUGAGGGCAAGAGCUUCACCUACGCAGCCUUCCACGCGCACAAGAAAUAUGGGGUGUGCCUCAUCGGGCUGAAGCGUGAGGAGAACAAGAGUAUCCUGCUGAACCCAGGACCACGGCACAUCCUGGCUGCCUCCGACACCUGCUUCUAUAUCAAUAUUACCAAGGAGGAGAACUCAGCUUUCAUCUUCAAACAGGAGGAGAAGCAGAAGAGACGGGGCCUUGCAGGGCAGGCACUAUAUGAAGGGCCCUCCCGGCUCCCAGUGCAUAGCAUCAUCGCCUCUAUGGGGACAGUGGCCAUGGACCUGCAGAACACAGAUUGCCGGCCCUCCCAGGGUGGCAGUGGCGGGGACGGCACAAAGCUGACUCUGCCCACCGAGAACGGCUCUGGUAGUCGACGCCCCAGCAUCGCACCCGUUCUGGAGUUGGCAGACAGCUCAGCCCUGUUGCCCUGCGACCUGCUGAGUGACCAGUCAGAGGAUGAGGUGACACCCUCGGACGACGAGGGGCUCUCUGUGGUUGAGUACGUGAAGGGCUAUCCCCCCAACUCACCCUACAUUGGCAGCUCCCCGACUUUAUGCCACCUCCUGCCUGUGAAAGCCCCCUUCUGCUGCCUGCGGUUGGACAAGGGCUGCAAACACAACAGCUACGAGGAUGCCAAGGCCUAUGGGUUCAAGAACAAGCUGAUUAUUGUCUCUGCUGAGACGGCAGGCAACGGGCUCUACAACUUCAUCGUGCCUCUGCGCGCCUACUACCGGUCCCGCCGGGAGCUCAACCCUAUCGUGUUGCUGCUUGACAACAAGCCUGACCACCACUUCCUGGAGGCCAUCUGUUGCUUCCCCAUGGUCUACUACAUGGAGGGAUCCGUGGACAACCUGGACAGCUUACUGCAGUGUGGCAUCAUCUAUGCUGACAACCUGGUGGUGGUGGACAAGGAGAGCACUAUGAGCGCUGAAGAGGACUACAUGGCAGAUGCCAAGACCAUCGUCAAUGUGCAAACCAUGUUCCGGCUUUUCCCCAGUCUCAGCAUCACCACGGAGCUCACACACCCUUCCAACAUGCGGUUCAUGCAGUUCCGUGCCAAGGACAGCUACUCUCUGGCUCUUUCCAAACUUGAAAAGCAAGAACGGGAGAACGGCUCCAACCUGGCCUUCAUGUUCCGCCUGCCAUUUGCUGCUGGUCGAGUAUUUAGUAUCAGCAUGUUGGAUACACUGCUCUACCAGUCCUUCGUGAAGGACUACAUGAUCACCAUCACCAGGCUGCUCUUGGGCCUUGAUACUACACCAGGCUCCGGCUACCUCUGUGCAAUGAAGGUAACCGAGGACGACCUGUGGAUCCGCACUUACGGCCGCCUCUUCCAGAAACUCUGCUCCUCCAGCGCCGAGAUCCCCAUCGGCAUCUACAGGACCGAGUGCCAUGUCUUCUCGGAGCCCCAUGACGUCAGAGCCCAGGGGGGCCCAGACAUAGCCCUCCUGCCUGCCCAGUCUCAGAUCUCGGUGAACAUGGAGGACUGCGAGGAUACUCGGGAGGCCAAGGGACCCUGGGGCACACGAGCUGCAUCUGGCAGUGGCAGCACCCAUGGCCGUCACGGGGGCAGUGCUGACCCAGUGGAGCACCCACUACUACGUCGCAAGAGCCUGCAGUGGGCCCGCAAGCUGAGUCGCAAGAGCACCAAGCAGGCAGGGAAGGCACCUGUGGCCACAGACUGGAUCACCCAGCAGCGGCUCAGCCUGUACCGACGCUCAGAGCGCCAGGAGCUCUCAGAGCUGGUCAAGAACCGAAUGAAGCACCUGGGACUGCCCACCACUGGCUAUGAGGACGUAGCAAAUUUAACAGCCAGUGAUGUGAUGAAUCGGGUAAACCUGGGAUAUUUGCAAGAUGAGAUGAACGAUCAUCACCAGAACACCCUUUCCUAUGUACUCAUCAACCCCCCGCCAGACACAAGACUGGAACCCAACGACAUUGUGUACCUCAUCCGUUCCGACCCCCUGGCCCAUGUGGCCAGCAGCUCCCAGAGUCGGAAAAGCAGCUGCAGCAACAAGCUCUCAUCCUGUAAUCCUGAGACCAGGGAUGAGACCCAGCUCUGAGCCCCAUGCUGGGGCGAACAGGACGACACAGGAGAAGAGAGGAGACACUGUCACAGGCUGGCCUGGCCCAAGCAGGCUGCAUUAUGACUUUAUACAGUGGCUCCAAGACUUGCCCCCAGAAAGGAAAUCCUCUCAGUGGGGCCAGUCGUGAGACCACUGGACCACUCUGGAAAGUGGCAUGAAGCAUUUUUUUAACCUUUUUUACAAAUCUGAAUGAUUUGCAUCUCUUUACAUAGCUGUACCACAACUCGUGACUGGGGUCUGGCUAAAGAGUGAGGCAAGCAGACAGGACAGGGACUGGACCCUAUCCUGGAUCCCUCCGUCUUGCAUGGCUUCACUCAGCAAUUUCUGAAGGGGUGCUGGGGUGCAUGGGAGAAGUAAUGACCUGGAACUGGAGAGUUCCAUAGGGGACUGGGGAGUCCUCCUGCAUGGAAGCCAGCUGUGUUCUCUAGCCAUUCAACAUGCUGUUCUGAUCAGUUUCUGCAUGGUUCUGGGAGUACACCAGGGCCUAUGGGGUGCCUCUCCCCAGAACCAGGCAAGGGGCCAACCAGUAAAGGUGCCAUGCCCUUUAAGAGGAGAAAAACAGAGGGGCUUAGAAACCUGGUCGGGAGAGCCCCAACCUGAGUCUGAGCUCUGCAGCCCCUGCAUGGGGGAGGGGGACCACAGUGGCUCCUCCAGAAGUCCUGAGCUGUGGAUGGAAGUCAAAAUGUUCUUUCUAGCUCUCACACUUGAGCUUUCCUAGCCAUGGCCUUUGGGGACAUCGAACUGGCAGAUGAUGUGUCUCCACAGACCAUUUCACACUCAAACUCUUGUCUCUAAACUCCUGAUCUGAGAAGCACAAUUAGCUCUGGGCCCUGGUCAUGCCUCAGGUCUCCAGGGAUUGCUUCAGGCAGCUGACUUCAUUCUUGUUUAUGGUUUGUAUGAUCAGAACUGGAACCUUCUAUUAAAAUGGAUACAUCCUGCAGGCAUGCAUGGAACAAGGCAGCCCACCAUAGCUCUGGAAUGGUGGUGGUGGUGGUGGGGAGACAGCUGAGGCUCACCUGUUUUAGGGUUAGAAUUGCCUCAUGUAUCCCUCACCCCAGACUUCACAGACUAGCUCCCAACCUCUGGGAUGGCCAGCAGGGCCUUCCCAAAAUAGUAAUGAAAUCCUCUGUGGCUGCAGGUGGCUGGGCCUAGACAGCUGCUCCAAGGUGUAUGGGGACGUGAUCCCCAGAGGACCUCUUGGCAAGCUUUCCAUUGGUUUCCCCCUAUGGUCCAGUCCAGCAUGUCCCAAAGAUAGGCACAACUCACUUAAGGUCUCAACGCCUGGAGAUCCACCCUUACCCCACACUUGGGAGGAAGGUGUCCCUGAUGUGACUAUGUGAACUUCCCCCUUAAGUGUCCUGAAAGGUUGGGGUGAAGGGAUGGGACCAAAGGGCCUACACUUCCUCAGCCAGAGCAGAUGGAACCUCAGGAGAGCAGGAGAUAAGGGUCAAGGCAGUUGCUGUAGCUUGCUUGAGAGCACUUGCACCUACGUCUCCCCUUCCCAUAACCUGCCUGCAUAUCCAGCCUUCCUAUUGCCACUCUGUGCCUGUUGGAACCUUCUUGCUCACAAAGUAUGCAUGAGUCCUGGUGAGGUGUAAUGGGACAGAGCUGGCUCUAAGGACUCAGGGAAGAAGUUUGGGGGCUUGGGUAGAGAAGCAGGUGGCUCACACAGGGCUUGGCUGGCCAGGACUUAUCUAGGCUAGGAUCUGUCAGUGGCCAUCACUCUGGAGCAGGAGGGGUCUGAGUCUAUACUCACAUUCUCUCUCCCUGCUCAGCCACCUGCCAGGCUGCUGAGCCCAGAGAAACAGGAAAGCUGGUCUUCAUCUAGAUGGGACUAAAUAGCCUUCAAGUCCAUGGGAAGAGCUGCCACUUCUGAGGCACCUUGGGGAAAGCCACCUGCUCCAGGCCCUGUCAGGAUGUUUACUCUCGUGUUCAUCUGCAGCAUGGAAACACAUUUCAGACUUUAACAGUGUGAGGAGGGCACUCCUCCCACAGCUAUAGACAGAUACUUCCAGCCCAGCCUUUGCUAGCUUUUAAAGAUGCCCAGCCCUGGGGCUGGCAUUUGGGCCAGGAGGAUUUGUGUGCUCAGAUACCAGUCACCAGAUCAAUAAAAGCCACCUGCACACCUGGAA